AUGUUGCGGUACGAUACCACCGUGUCUACCGAGGUCACCGGCCUAUCGUUCGAGCUUCUGUCGGCGGACACCAUCCGGCAGCUUUCUGUGUCGGAGAUUAACAACGCCGUUCGGCAUGGUACCGAAUGUGCCGAGAGCUCGUGCAUCCACGACUCGUCCCUCGGGCCAAGCGACAUCUGCCACAUCUGCUCGACGUGUAACGAGAUGUCGGCUUGCGACGGCCAUAUGGGCCACAUCAACUUCCCCAUCCCGAUGUACCAUCCGCUGCUGCUGCCGAGGCUGUCGAAGCUGCUCAAGGCCAUGUGCCUCUACUGCCGCCGGCUGAAGAUGACGCAGCACCGGGUGGUGAAGUUCAUCAAGAUGUUCGACCUGAUGCAAGCGGGGCUGAUAUCGGACAUGCUUUUGUUCGACGACCUCUGCCCAGACAGCAGCAAGAGCAAGGUGGACCUUACCCGGAUGAAGCGUUCGGGCAACACCGCGGACAACCAGCUGGCGGAAUCCGCCGACGGCAACACAGCGUCUGAAGGCGCUGCAGGUGAAACGAACCUAAAGCAAAAAUACAUCCGUGGAAUCAUGAACAAGCUACGCGCCCACAAGAGGUGCGAGUCCUUGAUCCGGGACACGUCGGCACCCGACGUGGACGCUAAACGCAAAGCCACCGAAGUUUCGCAGGAAGAUGCUGACGAAGCCGUUGAUAUCAGUGAAUUCGGGUCAAGCCUCGAUCAUAAGGCGCCGUCGAAGAAGGCCAAGUCCAUCGUCGCCCUUCCCAACACCGGCAACGGUGGCAAAUCGCGCCACUUCGACGUCACCAUCUGGAACGAUCUGCGCAACCGUUUCGUGGCCGAGGCAGGCAGCGUUGUGCAGUGCCCGCAUUGCGAGAGGCGCGACAUGUUCUACAUCAGGCCCUCUACUGACAUGAGCUGCAUCGACGUCUCCUGGCCACAGGAUAUUGAAGGCCCUCCGAUCAUGGACCACCUGACCAGCUACAACUUCGACUUCGAGAAUGACGCGAGUGAUGCCGCCACGGCUUCGCAGGAUUCCGUGACGGCCGGGAGGCAAGGUGUCGACCUGCCCGUGAUGAACCGCCUGAGCGCGACCGGCCGUUCCGUGCGCCAGUUGCAGCUGCAGGCAUUCCACAUUGUGCCUUAUAUGAGGGAGCUCUUUAAGCAAAACCACGUGGUGCUGGGGCAUGUGUUCCCGCAGUCACGCAAGCUCGGUUGGCGGAUGUUCAUGAUGUUUUGCAUGGGUGUGUCCGCGAACAGGUUCAGGCCUGUGCUGGUGACGGCUGACCGACAGCUUGCGCUACAUGCACGUUCGCAGGCGCUGCUCGACAUCUUAGUGGCCAAGCAGGUGCUGUGUCUGCUUCUCAAAAUCGAGAACGACGCCAACCUGACUCGUUUCAUGACCGAUGCGGACUUCGUGGUGGGCUUGUUGGGAAACCUGGACAGUCGCCAGCUGCAGAGCUUCCGCGAAUUCGUGGCGGACUGCGGCUCGGACUUCAACAGUGCCGUGCUCGGCAGCAUACACGCGUUGCAGCGAAAGGUCUCCGCGUACGCUGACAGCAGCAAGGUCAGCAAUACCAUGAACGCCAAGGUGGCACAGCGGCCUGGGAUCAAGCAGAGCCUGGAGCACAAGGAGGGUGCAGUCCGGCAGAACAUGUUGGGAAAGCGUGUCAACUACGCAGCGCGUACAGUUAUUGCCCCCGACUGCUUUUUGGACUCUAACCAGAUGGGCAUUCCGCUGUUGUUCGCCACGGAGUUGACGAUUCCGGAAAACGUCACUUCGUACAACGUCCAUCUACUUCGAAGGCUGUUGGUGAACGGCCCUAAGGUCUACCCAGGAGCCAACUUCUACCGCGACGAACACGGGAAGCUGUAUAACCUAGGCGCGUUGUCGUUCAACGAGCGCAAGGCCAAGGCCAAGCUGCUGUUGACCGACAACUCCGACGGCAGGCUGCCACGUGUGGUCUAUCGGCACGUGCUGGACGGCGAUGUGGUGUUGAUGAACCGCCAGCCCACGCUCCACAAGCCUGGAAUCAUGGCGCACUUCGUGAAGGUGCUGACGAACGAAAAGAUUUUCCGGCUGAACUACGUCAACUGCAACACCUACAAUGCGGAUUUUGACGGUGACGAAAUGAACUUGCACCUUCCACAGGACCCGCUUGCGCAAUCGGAGGCACAGUUGAUUGCCAACGCCGACUGCCAGUUCACCGUCCCAAAGGACGGCCAGCCAAUCAGGGGCCUCAUACAGGACCACUGUCUGGGUGGAGCUUACCUGACAUGCAGGGACACGUUCCUCACCCGCGACCAGUACUUCAACUUGGUGUAUGUGGCCGUGCAAGCCUUUUUCAAGUGGCAUCGAACGAUAUACAUCAAACCCGAGGAAGGGCGCAAACACGCUCGUGAUGGCCUGAAGAUCGACGUCCACCUCCACCAGGUGACCCGUCGUCUGAAGGUGUUGAGCGACCCGUACGCGCGCCGCUGUGCCAACAGCAACGCCGAAAUCCACAUCGAGGAGCCGGCGAUCAUGUUCCCGCAACGUUUGUGGACUGGUAAGCAGGUCAUCACCAGCCUGCUGAAGACUCUGGUUGACGGUAUCGCCAGGGGUCUGCACCGCACGGACUUGAACUUUUUGCAGAAGUACAGAGGCAUCAAUUUGGUAUCGAAGUCCAAAACGCCGGGUGAUGCCUGGGGCGGGGUAUUCGACGGCAACAGGGAGGAAAGCACUAUCAUAAUCCGCCAAUCCGAGCUUUUACAAGGUGUUUUGGAUAAGUCCCAGUUCGGUGCUACACCCUAUGGAUUGACGCAUCUGGUUUACGAACUACUUGGCCCGCGUGCUUCCGGGUGCCUUUUGAACGCGUUCUCGUAUCUGUUUACGUCGUUCCUGCAGAUGUACGGCGCCACGUGCAGCCCCAUGGACUUCAUAUUGACGAGGGAUGCGGAGAAUCACCGUUCCCGUAUCCUGCGCCGCAUCAAGCAUUGCGGCAUCCACCUGCAAGAAUUGUUCAUCUCAGCCAUAUCGAACAAAACCGGCAACGGGGAGGAUUCCAAGACCAAAAGCGAAUCGAAGGAUGAUUCCUCCGUAUCAGAGGCGCUGUCAAUCUUCAAGCAAAUGACGGCCGAGCUCCAGGAAUUCCCGUUGCUGCAGUCUAAAUUGCAAAGCAUGCCGCACGAAUCACCCGAUGACAUAUCUGCUGUUCUAAUGACCGUUAUGGAUUAUUUGACGAAUCAGAAAAUUAAAGCGGAGCACCAGCACAAGCUCGCGGGCAUCCUGUCCAACACCAUUGAAGCGCUGUGCAGCUUGCAAGACUUACGUGGGUUCAUCCUUGGGAAGCUACCUGGCAUCGCUGAAGGCAAAGGUAAGCCUGUGCCGCCCAAUGACGAUAAGGUGAUUAAACAUUUCCCAUCCUGGCACAAGCCGUACGAUGGAGACAGUGGCAUCUCCAGGGCGUCCGACGACAGGCAGUACAGGCUUGCCGACUUUAACGAGACCUGCUCGUCAAUGUACAGGCUGAUCAACGAGCAGUUCAAGGGCAACGAGCACGACUUCUACCGCAUGUUCGACCGCUUUUUCCAGGGUAACAUCACCGGCGCAUCCAACGAGGCAAGCUCUGUUGUUGAUCGUACCCUUCUCAAGUUCCCACGCAACGGUUUCGCCGGCAUGGUGUCCACUGGUGCCAAGGGUAGCAAAGUCAACUUCAGCAUGAUUUGCAGUCUGCUGGCGCAGCAGACACUGGAGGGCAGGCGUGUGCCCGUUAUGCCCUCGGUGAGGACGCUUCCGUCGUUUGCAUUCGGCGACCUCGGUUCCCGCGCCGGUGGUUUCAUCACGGACAGGUUCUUGACCGGCCUGCGACCGCAGGAGUAUUUCUUCCACUGCAUGUCUGGGCGUGAAGGUUUGGUCGACACCUGUGUCAAGACCGCCAAGUCCGGUUACUUGCAGAGGUGCAUUCUGAAAUCGAUGGAGGAUGUCAUCUGCUGCUACGAUUCGACUGUGCGCAGCGCGGACGGCACCAUCAUCCAAUUCGCCUACGGUGAGGACGGCAUCGACGUGCAGAAGUCUGCGUACAUAGACCGGCCGGACGACAUUAUCAACAAUGCUCCAUUGAUCAAGGUCGACCAGCAUGAUGAACCGCCGUUGAAGUUUGAAAAACUCAUUAAAAGCUUCAUGGACAGCAAAUACACGGCUCCGGAAACCCACGCUACUCUAUACCAGCACUACAAGCGCUCCCAUUGCGAGCCCGGCGAAGCGGUGGGCUGUGUGGCAGGGCAGUCUAUUGGUGAGCCCGCCACCCAGAUGACGCUGAACACCUUCCAUCUUGCCGGUCACGGCGCCACCAACGUUACUUUGGGUAUACCUCGUCUGGUUGAGAUUCUGCAAACCACGGGUAACGCCUCCACUCCGUAUUUCUCAGCUCCUCUGUUGGGCGACACCGACGAGGAAAUGGCCCAAAAUGCGCAGCUGGCCAUAAACUCGCUGCGAACAGUGCCACUGACCGACGUCAUCCAUUCGGUGGCUGUUGAAGAAGGGGUGUACGUGGACGCCAACGGCACGAAGUUCUACGAAUACGAGGCCAGCGUCCAGUUUGAAAACCUGGCAACCUUCCAGCGCGCCGUGGAAUCGAUCCGCGCAUUCGACAUUUUACGUAUUACAGCGCAUUGCCUAUUGAACGGGUUCCUUAAAAAGGUAACGGGUCUAAUGAUCGUUACGAUGGACAGCAAUGUGCCGUACGAGAUAACGGAAAACACGGAUUACUUGCAUGACUGCUGGCGGAGGCUGGUGCUCCAGGAGCAGGCGCACAAGAAGGACAAGCUGUCGGAACGCAUAAGAAAGAUGGCUCUGAACACAGGAGGGUCAAGCAGCGCUGGUCUCGGUGGCUCAUCUGCGCGCAUGGCUAUGUACGCUGGAGAGGGGGUAGAAAUUGUUGGUUCCAGCAAGAAACGUGGUGACGAUGACGACAAAGACGGAGUUGGGGAGUCACAGGAUGACGACGCUAACGAGGAUGUGGCAACCGCAGCAGCGGAUACCGCCGAGGACGACUCAGAUCAGGAGAAGACCAGCGACCACGAAGACUCCGAUCCCGAAUCUCAGGAUGAAGCCGAAGAUGGCCCGAAUGCCGACGAGGAAUCCGUCAGUUCAGACGACGACGAUGAAUCGCAAACGUUGCUUGCCGAUGUUGGAGAUGCUGAAGUGAGCAGCAACACUACCGCGUCACGCGAUUCGGAAGUGGACACCCCAAAGGCGUCGAAGAGCAACGCACGCUCUAAAGGUUUCGCCAGCUCGAAGCCGGCGGAACUGCGUAGCGAUGCGUCGGCAGGUGGGGAAUCAUACCGCGGUUUCGAGAGCGAUAUCAAGGUGGGCAAGCAGAGCAUCACCUCCCUGAAUGCCAAGGUGUUCCAGUUCGCCAAAUCGCUGCGCUACUGCCAAGACACUGGUAGGAUGGUGCUGAAGUUCGGGUGGCCGUUCAGCAAGUGUCCGUACCACCUGAAUUUGCUGCCCCUGCUGCAGCAGGAAAUAUCUGCGCAGAUUCUGAGGAACACGCCGGGGGUGAGGCAGGCCCGUGUGGUAUGCAACACCCAGAACGGCCGUGAGGUCUACAACUUGCACUGCGACGGCAACAAUCUACAGCGCUUAUUCUUAUUAAAAGACAACCUGGUUGACUUCAACCGCAUCCAGGUCAACGACAUCGGUACUGUGUUGCGCUACUACGGGGUGGAGGCUGCCCGCGCCUGUAUCGUGUCCGAGCUCCAGAAGGUGUUCUCAGUGUACGGUAUCAAUGUGGACUACCGCCACCUGUCGCUGAUUGCCGACUUCAUGACUAACAAGGGCGACAUCCGCACCUUCAACCGUUACGGCAUGGCGCGUCACUGUUCGCCGCUUCUGCAGAUGUCAUUCGAGUCGACCAUGAAGUUCAUCAUGGACGCCUGCGAGCGCGGAGGGUACGACAACCUCGGAACUCCUGCGGGAUCUAUUAUUGCCGGACGUCCGAUUAUGCUUGGCGGCGGGUUAUGCAAGGUGCUCCCGAGGAUCGACCUGCGGUCGCGUGCCGAUUCUGUAUCGCACUCACUGUCCAGCGCGUACGACUACCAAAUGUCCGCUUCUCGCCGUUUGGGGGUAAACUCGUUCGUCCUAGAGUGA